AUUGAGUUGUGAGGAGCCGGAAGUUCUUUUUAAAGCAGCGAGUCCUGUAGGUAGAAGGGCAUCUGUCAGUGAAAAUGAUUGGCAAAAUCGUCGGUCAGAAGUAUAUAUCUAUCGCCAAGUCGUGGGUUCCUACUUUGGCCAUAUGGGGAACAACUGGAGGCGUGGCCUUGGUCUACUUCACAGACUGGCGUUUGAUCUUGGAUUAUGUUCCCUACAUCAGCGGCAAAUUUAAGAAGGAUGAGUAGAUCAGUCAGGUUGUUGCCGUUUCUUGUUUGCUAUGACGAAUAUGGUGAGCAUGAACCUCUGCAGCCUGACUGUGGUCCUACUGCUGGAGAGCCCGUCAUUAUCAUCACCUCAGCCAACACUGAACUGUUUUCAUCAACUUUCAAUGAAAUCCUUUAGCAUUUGAUGUUUUCAUUGUCUUCUGCCAGUGUAAACAAAAAAAUGGAUGAAAAAGAUAAAUAAUGGUGACAACUUUGCUACUUCCUCUCUUCCUGUUCAGUCCGGGGAUUUAUUUUUUUUAUUUUUGAAGUCCUACUCGUCAUUUGGAUCAAAUUUGAUUUUUGUCUCUGCUUCAAAGAGAAGUAAACUAUGUAUUUUA